CAGUGUUUUAACUGCUGUGUUUUUUGUGCUAUUUAUUAAUUUGUUAAAAUGUUCAUAUUAUAGUCUAUUUUUAAUUGUUUAUAAAAGUCCUUGCUGUUUUUAAGUGGCUGAAUUAGUGUGUGUGCACGCGUGUGUGUGUGCGUGUUGGUAGCUGGGUGGGUAUAUAGUUCUGGUCGGAAGUUGACAUACCCCUUGCAGGAGAAGGAGACCCUGUGUAAUCUGUUUAAACGACUUUUACGCAUGUUUUGCAGAGAGAUCAUUUUCACCUUGCUGUUCGGGUCUCUGUCCCACACUGUUACAGUGCAGUAUUGAGAGCGUGAGGGAGAUCGAUUUUCUAUCAGAAACAGUAACUAUAUAAAAUGGACGUCAACACACACCACUCUGUGAGGUCAUUUCUCGCUCUCAACAGAGUAGUUGUGAUUGUUUAGUGUUUACGACAGGGCCAAAACAUUCAAGGCCAUGGUGUAUUUUGACUGUUCCUGUAGCAUAAUCUCACCAAACUGUGUGUACACGAGUCCACAGACACUGAGUCUAUUCACAGUUCCAUGCUGUGUAGAUGUUCUGCUCAUCCUCACUGUACCGUAAAGGUCAGAACCUCACAUCUGUAACCUUGUAGCUUUCCUUAAUCAACACGACUGCAACCAAGCUUGUGUAUAAAUACUAUUUUUAGAUCUCCGCCUCUCAAAAGUAUUGGCGCCCUGCGCGUCCGCCUCUCAAAUCUGUUGGCGCCCUACGCAUCCGGCUCUCAAAUCUGUUGGCACCAUACGCGGCCAUCUCUCAAAUCUGUUGGCGCCCUAUGCGUCCGGCUGUCAAAUCUAUUGGCGCCCUAUGCGUCCGGCUCUCAAAACUAUUGGCGCCCUUCACGGGCAGUUCUCAAAAGUAUUGGCACCCAAUCUGAAUUUUGCCACGGCAAGCACCACUCACAUUUUCUUCAGGAAAUGUACCUUAAAAUAAUAAUAAGUCUCUCACUAGGCUGUGUGUCGAGAUAAACGUGAAAACAUCUUGAGCUUGUGUUCACCACAGACCUUAUUUCCGGCAUUUAACCCAAAACCCCAUUGACGGAAGUGCUAGUACGCUGAAUCGUUUCUGGGUUUCACGACUCAUUCCUGCAGCACUCUGUAAGACGGGCUGUUGUUAUCAAACCAUCGAAGUAAGAUAUGCGGCUUUGGUAAUGAUUCUUUAAAUGAACCGAUUCAGAAUCCUCUUCUUGAAUCGUUUGAGUCGUUCUCACUCGGUCAGGGUUGCACGUGUGGGUUGCUUUUCCUGCACGUGUAAUCAGCACGUGUUCACAGACCGUAAAUCCCGACCCCAUGGUAGACACUCGACAGAAAUUUCAUACUAAAGUAAGUAUUUUAUAUUUUCUAGGUCUAAACAGAGCAGAAGUAUUGCUAAUGUGAUGUACAGAUUCUAUUGGACUGGUGAACUGUGUGGAUUUGUAUAUUUAACCCAGUUUAAUAUGGCCUGCUUUGUUCAGUCAGAGACAAGUAAAUCUGUUCUAAUGUUCAUUUAUUUUCCAUAGAUAAAACACGUUUGUUUACACAUGAAUACGUACUUUAUGCUUUCAGAAUGGUGGAGAUUUGGCUCUUAACUAUGGUUAAGUGGGGGGUACUAUACAAUGCACAGUUCUGAGACACUAUAUACCUAUACUGUGAAAUCAGUACAUGUGUGUGUUUAGAAUGAUUAUAGCUUUUGGGGAAAAAACUAUUCUUGAAUCUAUUAGUCCUUGUUCUGAUGCACCUGUAACGUCUCCCUGAGGGCAACAGAUCAGAGCCAGGGUGAGAGCUGUCCUCAAUGAUGGUUUUUCCUCUGCUGAGGCAACGGGGGGUGUAAAUAUCCAUCACGGAGGUGUUGUGGAUAAAAAAUGUCAUAAAAUAAACAUAAGGGAGACCUAGCAUCCAGCAAAGGGGAGAAGAAGAAAAGAUGGGCACCUAGACACAUAGAAGCGGGAUUAGGCGGACAUUGACAAAUUGGAAUUACACUUUAAAGAUCUUUAAGAGCAGUAGUAGUCAAAAAAAGCCAAAAAGAGGUAUACGAGCUGAGCUGAGGAGUGCUAAUACACACACACACACGCUCGUACAGUCAAGGGCGGGCAAGUAGACACAACAUACACACACAUGAAUAACUUUAAUAAUCUUAUUGUAAUAGAGAAACUCUCUAUAAAAAAACAGAAUAGUAGGAUAUGCAGGACAGUAUGGAGGAUAUGCAGGAGCUUAAGCUCAUCACUUCUGAGAAUUCUCAUCGGUGUGGAUCUCGUGUGGUGGAACGGAACAAUAAAUCUGGACCCUUGCUUCUUCUCACUCACGGCUGGUGUCUUUUUUUCUAUCUCCAACUGGGCUCAGAGGUAGAUGUGAGUGUUGGCUUCUAUGUUGAAUUUUAAGUGUUUUUGGGUAAUAGGCUAUAUUUGAGCCAACAGAGGGGAGAGGUAAUAAAUAAUCUUAUAAAUGUGAUUACUUGAUGAACGUAGACAGAACUCUAUAAAUGUGAAAUGUUUUGUUGAAGUUCAGAUGAAUCUCUGAUGUACAGAAUCUUCAACAGAGUUCUGCAGAAAGAUUUUGAAUGCCUGUCAUUCACCAGAACAAAUUUGCAGUUGAACAGUCUGUCUAAAAGAAAAAAUCUAAACACACAAUAUAAAAUUUCUGCAGUGUGAAUAAAGCCUUUGUGUUGCUUUUAGCAAACAUGUCUAGUACUCUCAGUUCAAUGUACACAAUUUACCCCAUUUAAAUGCAUUUUGGAAAUUGUUCCACAUGGCCUUAAAGUGUGAAUAUUCACUGUAUGCCAAAUAAGUAAUCAAAGAAUGGAACUGAAUUUUUUCUUCUCUAAUGGACCAUUAAUCACAAUUAUAAAAGAUGAUGCAUCAGGUACAAAGUAUCAGGGUUUUUUCCCCCUCUUUUUCCCACAAUAGUUGCAUGAUUUUUGCUACACCCUUUCCACCGUGUGUGUGUGUGUGUGUGUGUGUGUGUGUGUGUGUGCGCGCGCUACCAAUCACUUUGAGGUAAAAAUAUUUUAACGCAGCCACUUUCACCUUCCUACAACAAUUGGUGACUGGGGAUCUCUGUAAUGUAACCGCUGCUGCAAAGCCCUAUUGGAUCUGCUGUUUAUUAUUGGGGCAGAGCACCGAAGGUGCAGCGCUUCCGGUGACCACCGGAGGGCGCAUGCACCGGAGGUGCAGGGCCCUAUUGAUUUUCUGGUGUUUAUUGUUUAUUUCAUGCAUUCUUGUCGUUUUUAAGGGCCUAAACAUGGCUGAAAACUCACAAAACUCGGUAGACGCGCCAGCACCAGUGAAAAUGUAACUUACAUUGGGCAUGGGCAUGGUCGAGGAGCUCCUUAGCACCCCUGAAUGCAGACAAAGAUAUCAGUUAGAUUCAGCUUCGAACACAAGUUCCAGGUACUGAUCGAGAAGGAGUGGAUCAGCUUCGGACACAAGCUGGCCUCGCGUGUCGGCCUUGGAGAUGAGAAUCACGCCAACUCGGAACGAUCCCCUCUCUUUGUGCAGUUCAUCGACUGUGUGUGGCAGAUGAUGAGACAGGUGAAACCCAGGGCUCAAACCAAGAGAAGACAUUCAGAGCUAUUCAUUCUUUAAAGUCCAUUUAACGAGGUACACCUGGCCAGCAAGAAAAAAACAUCAGUCACUCGUUCCAGUAUUUUUGAACAGUUAAUGAAUAGGGUGGCUUCAAAAAAGCUGCCAUAUUUUAAGCUGUGUAACACGUCUAGAUGUAAAUAUGAGGAAAUGAAAGCUGAAAUUCUGAUCUAUCGUCUCAUAUUCGUCUUUUAUCUCAAACCCAAAUGUCUUCAGUAUACAGCAAAAGCAAGUGAAUUGGCCUUGAUGUUCCAAUACUUUUGAAGAGGACUCUAAUUCUGCCUGUUUGGUACAUUCCUCUACAGCAGUGAGCAGGAGAGAAUGGAAAAGGAAGUACAGGUUAAAACGGUCACUAUGGUCCUACAUUAACAGUCAGCCGGAGGACUUCACUAACCCGUUCUAUGUGGACUGUAAAAACCAGGUGCUGUAUCCACUGGCCAGUCUCACACAUCUGGAGCUCUGGGUGGGUUAUUAUGUGCGCUGGAACCCACGCAUGAGACCACAGAUGCCGCUCCAUCAGAAUCUGAGAGAGUUAUUGUUUUUGCGUGAAGAACAUGGAGGAGCUCCAGAGAGAGGCCACGUCAUCCUGCUCCAUCUCCUCAUCCUCAGAGCAUACUUCUCCCUCCUCACAUAGUGGAGGCGGUUCAGCUGGACGGAGAGAUCCUGCAUGCGCUGUGAAGCGAGUGUGUUCUGUGGCGUAUCGGCACCUGGACAAGCACAAGAUCGAGCCGGUGCUCUACAUGAUGGAGUGCUUCAUGUGCGCCUUCUCCAGAACUCUGCCCUGGGCCUCGGUCCUCAGAGUGUGGGACAUGUUCCUGUGUGACGGAGUGAAAAAUGAUAUUCCGUGUGGGUUUGGAGUUGUUGACGUCCAUGCUGGUACUCGGGAUAAGCUCAAGGCCUGUCCGGGUCAGUAUGAGACCAUGGAGGUCCUCAGAGCGAUUGAGCCCAGAUACAUGCAGGAGGGCUUCUUAGUGCUGCAGGUUCUGGAGUUGCAGGUAUCGGCACAGGACGUGGAACGUGAGCAACGCACGCAGCUGAAGCGCUGGAAGAAGAAGCGCGGCGAGCCCGGCCCCAAACUCCCUCAGAGAAUGCACAGUGCUCGCGCCAUCAUGGCCACCGAGCCUCAUACACACCAAGACCUCCGCCAGAAACCCACCAUUAUGGUCCAGUACCCAUCGGUCCCUGAGGAGAAGUCCGAGCUGAACCUCAGGAAGAAGAGAGGGAGCCUGUAGAAAAACCAAGCCCUCAUUCCGAACCCCUACGCGCUACCUGGCGGGUCUAAACCUAGUCAGAUAUUGGACAUACAGCUUCUGAACCAGGAAAAUCUCAAUCUUGUACUUCCAAAUCCACCAUCACAUCCACCACGGCCCCCUACAAUGCAGGAAAAUCAGGUCAAAGAGACGAGCACUUCUACAGAGCGACUCAUGCAGCGUCCUCGAAUUCCUCCAUCGAUAAGAAACCGGCGGAAUCUAUCCCUCUGCAACAUCUAUCCCUCCUUACUGCUCCUGUACACGGAUCACCUUCAGCGUAGCGUCCUCACCUGCUGAAAUGUGCUCCUGUCCAAUCCAGAGAACCUGACCAUGAUGAGCUCCCUAAUAAUACAGAAAACUCAGCCACCAUUUUGGAUCCAUCUACACACUCAAGCCCUCUGCUAACGCACAACGCACCUGCCACCCACGACUCGCCUGCUGCUCCCGAGUACAAAAAGAACACUCAUUGAUUUUUUUUUUUGUUGUUGUGCGUGUUAAACAGUGUGAUACGUUGAGGAAUUGAUUAUUGGCACACGUCUACUGAAUAGCAAGGAUCGUUAAGUCUUUAACGUGUUAUAGUUUACACCGGAGGAACUGCAAACAAUCUGAGAGAGGGAGAAACCCGUCAGCUACUAGAGGGCACACUUGGUCCGAAAAUGUACACACACUCCACAAAAACUCUGCAGUGCCUGAGGACUGUUUACUCACUCCAGUCUUCAGAAGGGAAGCUACCUACAGAUUCACUUUUGAAAGACUUUCACAGGCAUCACAAACAUUUGUUUAUAUUACACUCGUAUCAAUUUGGCAGGUUUUUUUCUUCUUAAUCCGAAGCAACCACCACUUCUUUGUGUUUGUAUUUCACAAAUUUCCAUACCACAUCUUACAAGAGCUGCACGACAAUCACAACAAUCCUGUACAAUAGGCACAGCCUUUUCAUUAACACAAUCUCAGUGAAAUAUCUACUGUCUGUAUACUUUACACGCAAACAAAACAACUCAAGCUGAGAACUUUAUUGCUGAUUCACGUUAUACCGCACCGCCUUCUAAUAUAGAUCUGAUCUAUAUUAUAUAUACGUGUACCUUAGAUAACUCCUCUCUGAACGCCAUGGUGGGACGUUCCCGAGCUGAAGUACUGUACAAGUCCUAAGCAUUAGAUCACCCCAAUUACUCUUGUAUACUCUUUCCAUACCAUCGUGAUCUUUGCCUGACGAAGCCAUACACAAAUCAUAAUUGACAUUUGGGGCCUAAUUCUAAAAUCACCACAUACCAAAUGCACAACCAUUUUGUCUUGCUGCCAUCACAAAAUAAUAAUGUUUAAACCUUAAGUAACGUAGUCACGGAGGGUGUAUAUAUUUUUCCACACUACAUGAAGUUUUGGGAUCCUUAUAGACUGUGGAACAGAAGUGUACUCAGUGUGUCUCCACCGUUUUAUUUCAUAUUGGAGUACAACCAUUUUUCUUUUUUACCAUUAAGGAUGAAACACUUGUUUCUUUUAAAACACCGUCUUUAAAUGUUUUUCUACCUCCUAACUAAACCCUCGGACUUAAGACACGAUCUUUGGAGCUGUUGACGCCCUGCUCAGGGUUAAACAACAACGUCUUUACAUUACCUUCAUUAAUAAUUUGUCAAUCUAACCUCUUGGUUUUUUUUUUUUUUUUUUGGAGCAAAAGUCAGGUCCUCUCUCAUUUCAACAGGUCCUCUUGUUGGUGAAUACACAGCAAUCUUCUAAGGGUAUUAGGAUUUCUCGGAGCAGACAUUGUAGCAGAUAGUUGCAGAGUUUCUUCUGUGUUUUAACCACAACGUCUUAACCAUUAUUUUAACACUGAGACACACGACUCCCUUUAAUUCAUUAACAAACACAUUUGUAAAAAUUCUGGUCAGCAAAACCCCCAAAAGAACACCUGUGUGUGUGUGUGUGUGUGUGUGUGUGUCUGUCUGUCUCUCUCUCUCUCUCUCUCUCUCACUCUCACUCUCACACCCACCCCCGCACACCCACAUGGUCAUCAGAGGUCAUAAAUGUACUGCUGGGACAUGGGAUGUCAAAGCAUAGACAAAAGCUUAUGUAUUUAGCGACAGUUCUGUGUAAGUAUCCUCGUUGGCGGACCAUUUUCUGAAAUCUUGUUUAUAGUUUAAACAAAAUGCACGACUCUUUUAAAACACCGUCUUUAAAAAAGGUUUUUCACCCUUAAAUUAACCUGGUUAGAAGGUAGGAUAUGUAAUACAUAUUUUCAUUUUCUUCAGGCAUAUUGUCACUUCAGUCUCCACAACGAAUAACUCCGAAGGUUUUGACCUUUCUUUCAGUAAAAGAGAACAACGACAUCAUACAGCCUUGAAGGACUGUAGAAAUUUUUAUUUUACAUCCUAAAGGGUUAGGUUUAGAAGGCAUGUAAUACGCGCAUUUCUUAUAAAACACCGUCUUUAAAAUGUUUACCUCCUAAAGGGACCUAUUUAGAAGGUAUGUAAAGACUUUUUUUUUUUUUUUUUUUUU